AUGGAAGCGAUUCAGGCAGGGUUCUUUCAGGGUCAUCGCCAGGAUGCCGGGUUUGACCGUAAGCUUUUCCUCCGGCUAGGUGGAGCCACCACCAGCGCCUGCCAGCAGCAAUUCCCUUCAAUAGCCGAGGAAGCACUUGGGGCUUGGCCAAGGAGGCCGCUCCUUGCUUGCGGGGCUGACUUUAGCCUCCACUACUCUCCCGCAUCCAUCUGCGUGUGUAUUAUCCCCAUCUCUUUUUAUUCCAGUAGAUCCGCCUUUGGUUUGGACUGGCUGAAACGCGGCGGACUGCAACCAGGGUCGUUUAAAGGAGAACAAAAAGAUGAGGAUCUUGUGCGGGGCUCCGGGACAAAGCGUCUUGGGACGCGCGGAACUCUGGCUCCCCGAUUGGAGAGAUCAACGCUGCCCAACAGUACCCGGCCGGACCUGCGGACCUCUGAGGCGAGAGGACCGCAGCAGGAGAGUUCCGGAAGGCUGAUUCCCACAGAUCCUGGUAAGGGACCGCAGCAGCUCUGCCCUGCGGCACGCCCGGCCAGGCUACACCAGGACUCUACACUCAAGGAAAAAGCUUGGAAACGAAAGGAUGCGGGAGAACAAAGAGCCUACGGAGGACGUGGCUGUUAUCUCAUUGUCUGUGACUGGGGGAGCUGCGGUAGGAAGGAUGCGGUGGUCCUUAGCUCAUCGCGUUCCCCAACCCCACACCCUCCCUGCUGUCAGUGCGCACGCACAAGCACGCGUCGCCAGCUUUUUCUUUCUCAUUCCUCGUUUUUUCAUCUCAUCUUCUCCCCAUCCCCUCCCUUUCUUUCCACCUUUCCUUCCUUUCUUCUUUCCUCCCUUUCCCCUAUCCUCCCUCCCUCCCUUCCAUCCUUCCUUCCUUUCCAUCCUUCCUUCUUUCUCUCUUUCCUUCCUUCUUUCUUUCCUUCCUUCCUUCUUCCUUCCUCAGGAGAAAGGCCUCUCUCUCCGUGUUCACAGCGGACCUUGAUUUAAAUGUCCAUACAAUUAAGGCACGCGGUGAAUGCCAAGAAUGGGGCUGUCUGAGCACCUUGGGUCCACGAGGGCCUGCCACGGAAGGAUCGACCCAGCACAACGCCCUGGGCAGAUCUCAGCGCUGCAGCUGCAGGCGCCCACAGUAGGGGUAGCGGGCUUCUAAGUGCCUCGCAAUGUAGCCCUUAGGGUGGAGAGGUGUGCUGCUACGGACAGAGAGGGAUUUGUGCAGAUGUAAAUAGAAUCUAGGAAGCAAACAACUCAUUCUGUGACAGAAACACGGAUCUAUGCAAGCGGGGUGGUGGUGGUGGCGGCGGCGGCGGCGGCGGCGGCGGUGGCGGAAAAUAGCCUGGGGGCGGCUGGAGAGUAAAACGUGCCCCUCAGCUCUGGGACCCUGCCCAUUGUAGAAGGCCGACACCUUCAUCCCUACCUGUCUUAGUUCCGAUUUCAAUCUACCCUUAAACAAAUAAUAAUAAUAAGUACCCACGCGACUGGCAGACUGCCCCAAAGCCUAUUCUGCUUGGGGUUGUUCGGGUAGUCUUUAGGAGAAGCUGUUUGUCACCCGUUGGUGGAGAGCUGUGGGCAUUUGACAAGCUUAAGCAGAUCUCUGGGGUGAACGAAGGCAAUCGGCAAAUUUGUUCAUGGACAGCGCACAGACUCCAUCAAAACUGACAGCUAGCCCACUGCCUCCCAGCCAGCCUCCUUAGGGCUGUGGCUGAAGUUUCAGGCAGAGAUCCAGAAGCUACAGGAAAAGGAGGUGCAGUACCCUGCAUAGCCCCCACCCCCACCCCCAGAGUGUGGGCCGCUCCCCGUUGCUCUUAAAACCCCAAGACAGAAGGAAAAACAGGAGUAAGGUGGGGGGGCUGAGGAAAGUCUGUUUUGAAGCAGGCUGUCCAGGAACAGAAAGGGUUAAGCCUCCCUCAUCCUGAAGCACCUGCUUCCCAAAUCAGCCCCCAACAGCAGCAGCUGGUCCUGGAGGCCCCCGACACAGUUCCAUCCUGUCUCCAUCUCAGUGUUCCGCCAACCUGCCCUGGAUGGAUGAUGGCCUGGUGGCCGACCUAAACUCAUUAACUUCCAGGUGGAGUAAAUGGAGGAGGGGCAGGACCCAGCAGCAGAGGGAGGGAAAGGAGGCCAAGAGCUGGCCUCCUCCUCCCCCCCCACCCCAACCCACCCCCAGGAAGCAGGCUGGAGCCCUCCCCCCCCCCCUGCUGUCAUGCCAGAGGCCUGCCUUUGCAAGGCCAAGCCCAUAAAGGAUGUUUAGGAGUUUAAUCUGAUUCCUAACACAGUAAUCAGGGUCUAAAAGAGCAUCCGUUGAAGUUAAUGGAGGACUCUUGUCUCAAAAAGCCUCCGCGCCUCAUCUAGUCUAGUAAAUUAGUAUUUGAGGGUAUAUCAUAGAUCAGUACCUCUCUGGCCUAGUUUCCUCAAGAGUAUUCAUUAUUUCCUGAGUAUCUACUAUGUGUCCUUCUUUGCAAUGAUUUCAACUUCUAAAUUUCCUUACAGAAGAGAGUGUUAGAGCUAGCCAGACUGGGCUUCAGUUCACAUUCCACCUAGACAUUCCCAGAACCUUCUCCACUCUGCAGAAAUGAGCCACCGCCUGCUUGCACUUGCAGACAGAAAGCUGCAGUGUGCACACCCUGAGGGUUUCUCUGGCUGAGUCCUACAGGGCAAGCCAGACUGCUUUCAAGGCAGAAAGGGAAAGACUCAGCAAAUGGCUGUCCUAGGAGACACCAUAGCCAUUGCUUCGAAAAUCUACCUCCCUUGAAAUAAGAAUUGGCCCUGCCCUGGGGUGCUCCCCCACUUCAGGAAUAGGUUAGAAGAGAACAGCUAGUGUGCUGUACCAUUUGGGGGGGUACACCCAUUUGCCCCCCCCCAUGCUCAUUGAGAUGUUAUUUUGCUUUCAAGCAAUGGCCUAAGCUGCUGAUGGCCCAACCCCCCUGGACCACAAAUGUCCCCAUUAGCAAUCCUCUGCUCAGUAAUUGCUUCCCCAUGAUUCUUUCAAAUGUCCCCUCGUCCUUCACCGAUAUUUCAUCUUACGUAACCUCCAGAUGCUUCCCCAAGUAAGGUCCUUUUAGGUAGAAACCCAAUAUGCUUUGCUCUGAGAGCUCAAACCGCAGGCACCAUCCGUUAGGCCUGACUGGGAUCUGCUAUGGAGGAUCCGUGUUGGGAGGGGUGCAUUGUUAUUUUAUUGCUUACGUAAAACUCUUGUUCCAGAAAGUAUUAUUAGUGUGUUAUUGGUGUGUGGGAGUGUUCUGGACUGGCUAGUCUGUGUGAACCAGUGUUCGUAUGUGACUACCAGAUCCCCUUCCCAGAAUGACCUGCUCAGCCCCCAGGUAUAAUUGCAAACCCCUUUUGUUUCCACCAAAUGAAGAAUCAGAGUCAAGGUCAGCCUGAGCCACCUCCUUCCUCUACAUUCGCUGCCCUUCUCUGCCCAUCAAUAAUUAUGCAGAGAAGCCUUCUGCUCUCUCAAGGCACAUCCUGAAUUCUCAGCAUCAUCUCCCCUGCCUAUUUGAACCUUCUAAUUACAUCUUAUGGCUAAAAUGAAGGGAGGAACUUGCGAUCUAACAGUAGGAUGAGGCUGCCAUAGGUUGAUGACUGAAUAUGUUUUCUUUUUCCCCUUGGGUUUGUUCACACCCGCUACUGCCUUAGUCCCCACUAGGUACAAUCUCUUGUGUUUCUUAAGGAACCCGGUACUUGGACUAGAUUUAGUAAUGUAUCAAAGGACUAAUUACAAUUGCUAUGUUUCUCUCCUCUGUCAGAGACAGCCCAGAUCUGUCUCAGUGGGAGACUAAUAUGUGGGGAGGGGUGUGUCCCCAGCUAGUAGAUCUCUGUGCACACGUAUUAAGCCAUAGAUUUUUCUCACACAACCGUAUCCACUGCUAAUGUGGAAGGCACUUGACCACAAAAGCAAGUGCACCCAUCCACACCAGCUCUACAAGGAAAUUUUCUCUCCCACUAUUGAACUUACAUAAUACCCACCCCCAUUCCAGCCAUAGAGUGCCGUCUGGGGGCAGCUGCAGAACUCCUGCCUGGGACAGAUGGAGCCUCCCCUUCCUCAGCCACUCUGUGGGUGGUUUCUGAGCCCAUGAGUCAACAUGGGCAGACUGAAGUGUGUUUCUGUGUGUGUGUGUGUGUGUGUGUGUGUGUGUGUGUGUGCGCGCGCGCGCAUGUCUUGGGCUAUUCACGUUGAAGAUAUUAACAGCAGUGUUGAGAAUUAUAGUACCUAAUAAAGAUCUGUUUUUUUUCUUUCAA